UAUUAUUGAAGAAAGUCGGAAAAAUGAAAUUACUCCGAUACGUUUCGUUGGUCUCUUUGUUGGCGAUUUUAUCAUUCGUCACAGCAGACGAGGAACUUUAUUCUGACAAAUACGAUUACAUUGACCCCAUGGAAAUCGUUAACAACGAUCGUUUGAGGGACCAAUACUACAAUUGCUUCAUGAAUACCGGUCCAUGCGUUACCCCGGAUGCGAUAUAUUUCAAAGAACAUUUCCCGGAGGCAGUCGUAACUAAAUGUAAGAAGUGUACAGAAAUCCAAAAAUCAAACUUUGAAAAGUUGGCCAUUUGGUAUAACGAAAAUCGUCCUGAAGAAUGGACCGCUCUUAUCAAAAAAUUCAUGGAAGAUGCUAAGAAACAAAACAAAAUUCAAAAAAUCACAAUGACGCGUUAUGUGGUUCUUUUACUCGUGAUGAUCCUAUCCACGAUAAUUAGUUCAGUGUUAACGGACAAUACGAAAUAUAUAUCAAAAUAUGACAACGUCGAUGUCGACAUGAUUUUAAAGACACCUCGGUUACGUAAUCAAUAUAUUAAUUGUUACUUGGAGAAUGGACCGUGUUUAACAGCGGAUGCAAAAUUCCUGAGAGACAUAUUACCGGAAGCUUUGGUGACCAAAUGCGCCAAGUGUACGGAAAAACAAGUAAUUAUUUUAGACAAGAUGAUUAAUUGGUUCGAGGAAAACGAUAAGGAAACUUGGAAGUCUAUGUUGUCUAAAGCCAUUGACAAAUAUCAAAAUAAAAAGAAUCGUAGCUAAGAUCUUCUGAUAACCAAAAUGAAUCAAGUAUUGAUUAUGUUUUAAAUUAAAACCCGAGGGAGAGGGAAGGCAUUGAAGAAGAAGCUAAUACAACGUAUGUGCAUAUCUAUAAAUUAUUUUUUAAGGUUCCUUGUUUUAAAUAAAACUGAAAAUAAAAAAAAUUAAUAAAUUUUGAAA